CUGCAGUGGUUGAUAAAUAUAUCGUCAAACUGUGGCAACUCAUUCAGUGUUUACCAUAGAUCCAAAGGACUAACACUGACAAAUUAACAAAGCGAGCUUAAGUGUUUCACAAGUUAUUGCUCAGCGUAGAAACUUGAUUUAAGCGGUCAGAUAACGGUGCAAAUAAUAUACAUUAAGUUUUUAAUUAUAGUAGUCCUUUAACUGCGAAAAUGGUUGUGCUAACUAAGAAACCAAAGACAUUCGAGAUUCAAUUUCGUGAUCCAAGCAAAGCGUUUUACUCCAGUGGAGAUAAGGUUUCUGGGAAAGUGAUCGUUGAGGUAUCCGAGUUGACCAAAGUAACGGCGAUGAAACUGUUUGGAAUCGGCUGCGCCAAAGUGGAAUACAGUAAAGGCAAGCAGCGCUGUCGGGAAGAAAUAGACUACCUGAAAUAUCAAGAUGUUCUUCACCUUGACCAACAGCCCACAGACUUAGAUGGCUCUGUUAUACUGAGACCUGGAAAUAGAUAUGAGUACAUGUUUGGGUUUGAGCUUCCCCAGCCAGGGCAGCUGGUAUCCUCAUAUAAAGGCAAAUUUGGGGCUGUUCAGUAUUAUGUCAGAGCCAUAAUGGAGAGGUCCCCCCAACCAGAUGUGGAGUGCAAAAAGUACUUUGAAGUGGAGGAACCAGUUGAUGUCAAUACUCCUGCCCUUACGUCUCCAGCCACAGGUGCAAAGGAAAAGAAUCUCACCUGCAUGUUCAUUCCUGAUGGCAGCGUGUCCAUCGCUGUCAGGAUCGAUCGUAAGGGCUACUGUCAGGGCGAGUACAUCUGCAUUGAUGCCAAGUUCGAGAACAGUUGCUCCCGCAUCAUCAUCCCCAAAGCUGCCAUCAUAGCCACUCACACUUACCUGGCCAAUAGCCGCACCAAAGUACUCCGCGAGAAGAUCUCAGCUGUAAGGGGCGACCCCAUCAUCUCCGGCAUGUGUGACAUGUGGCAGGGCAAGAGCAUCCGUGUGCCCAAACUGAGACCCACCAUCCUGGGCUGCAAUAUCAUCCACAUGGACUACACUCUGAUGGUGUAUGUGCAUAUUCCCGGCAGCGAGAAGCUGACCCUGGAGCUGCCCUUGGUCAUAGGGACAAUCCCUUUCACGGGCUUCACCAGCCGCUCCAGCAGCAUGUGCAGCCAGGGGGGGAGUGCAGCUUCCAGCAGCCUUCCCUCUAUGCCCUCCGCCCCCCCAAGCUACAGUGAGAUCCCUCCACAUGGCCACCUCGACAGCCCCCUCACUCCACUGCUGGACGACUACGACGAAGAUGACUGCCCCAUCUACAUGCAUACCGGAGAUGACCAUCGGACGCCCCCUCCUUCCUAUGCAGAGGUGGAGGAGGAGUGCACUGGCAGGGGUGUUUCCCUUCAGUUUGCAUGAACAGUUGCGAGAACUUCAGGAGAAGAUGCUGAGACCUAAAUCCAACGGCAAAACAUCAUCAGCACUCUGUUAAGAAGAUGAAGAUGGAAGAUAGUCAGAGAGCUACCUGUGUUAACAAAAGUUGUUGCUAGUUUUAGACUGAUUAUGUAAUGGUGUUAAAACAAAGCAUGUGUUAAGUUAUAGGAGAAUCGGUCUCCUUAUGAACAUCGUUAGACUAUACAGUCUGCUUUUUUUCUGGGGUAUCCUUGGUAUUUGAGAUCUGAGAGUUUUUCAGAUUGAAGUUACGCUUUGCCAUAUUGGUGUAAUCUCAAGGCUGCUUUUAUUUUCAUUCCAGAUGGGAGUGUAAUAAAGUUGAUUAUGAGCAACGUUAAUAACAUCAGUCAAUAUAUGCAUUUUAAUUUAUAUUUGUCCAGUUAGAGUCAGAGGACAGUGAUGUGUUUUUUAUUUCAUAUAACUUUGUAUCAGAGUGGUUUGUUUUUCUUUUACUAUGAGAAAUGUUACAUAACUAUAACUUUAAUUAGUGAUGUAUCUACAAGGUUGCUCAAUAAUGCUUGAGCACGGAAUAUCUGUAAUUUAGCUGUGUUAAGUAUUUUGACAGAAUUUAAAAAUUUUACAUCUAAUGCUUUUUUAAAUACCACUUUAAGGGCAAGUUAUAAAUAAAACUACAAUGAAAACUUUGA